CAGAGGCCAUCAAUUCGAUGUAUCGGUGGUUCCAAAAUGCACAAGUGUGCUAUGCGUACCUCAGCGACGUCAGCGAGUCAACCUUUCCUACUAAACAAGACUUCAACAAGUUUGGCAAAUCCAACGGCUGGCCUGAGUGGUUUUCGCGGGGCUGGACGCUUCAGGAGCUGAUCGCUCCGAAACGGGUCAAGUUCUUCAACAGGGACUGGUUGCCUCUUAGCGGCAAGGAGAACCUUGUGGACACGUUGGAGAAAAUCACACGAAUUCCUAUCGAUGUCUUGAAGGACGGCCGGAUUCCAAGGCGUGUCUGCGUUGCUGAAAUCAUGUCUUGGGCUGCUGACCGGAAGACGACGCGAGAGGAAGACCGGGCUUACUCGCUGUUGGGGCUCUUUGGCAUUCACAUGCCGAUGUGUUACGGCGAAGGGGGGAAGGCAUUUCAGAGGUUACAGCUCGAAAUCAUCCGGGUUUGCAACGAUCACAGUAUAUUCGCAUGGAAUCCUAAGGGUCAGUUUGACUGGGUUGGCGGUGUCCUGGCAAGUGACUUGGGUCAUUUUCGUGGUUGUCGUGACAUUGAAAAGGUGGAGUCCGACGAGUUUGUCGACGAACUCACGAAAUAUAGUCGUCAGAACCGACUCGCCAUCGCCAGGAUGAUGUGCAACUUCAGUGGCAAACUCGCAUGUCUGAGGUCAGGCGGCCGUGCUCUUCGCGAACAGCUUGCCAUAUUCCUUGCCGUCGAUAGGGGCAUUCAAAUUUGCUUGCCCGUAAUACCCCAUCGCGACUCUGCAUCGGUCUUCAGAGCCAUACUGGCUUGUCGAGACUACUACGGAAACCUGAUUACCAUCGAUUUCAAAUCUUCUGGAGUUAGCUCCUACAGGAUCCCUGCCACUAGACGUAUUCGUAAAUCGCGUCCCCCGGAGCUUAGGAUUCACUAUCUCGCUUGGUCGGCCCCAUACAGCGGGGAAGAGUGCCAUCAUUUUAAACUCCAUGACACCCUUACCUCGUAUCAUGGUUUCACCCGUCGCGGCACGUUUCCACACAUGAUCGCAGAUAACGCAGUCACACUCUCGUCGCUCAUAAACGAUUUCAUCGUCGUAGUGUAUGCCAGCCACGAUUCCAGGCAUCUAUUUGCAGUUGGACUUGCACACUACCUCGGUACACCAUCGGUCCACGUGGUGUGUGACGAAUCAUCUGCGAAUCAAGAGGUGCCGUGGACAGAGUUCGCCAAGAAAGUAUACGAUACGCUGUGGAGUGCGCCAGUCGAGGACUUUUUUAUCAGCGGCGUGAAGUGCGCUCACCUUCCUCGGACAAUCUGGGAUUCGAAGGUUGUAUGGUACAGUGGGAACGUGCAGACCCAUGUGAUGGUCGACGUCGAGCAAUGCUCCGGUUGUUGCGUUGGGCCACGCGAAUGUACGGCUGCGUCCGUGAGCACUCUCUUUUCCAUAUGCAUAGCAGAUGUAACCAUCUAUGACCUUAGAAUGAUUGGGAUCGUCUUGAUUUGCCGGGGUUCAUGAAGACAGUUCACAAUUUUCGUGGGUUGAAGCUGGAUGGGAAGCGCGUGUGGCUUUGCGAGUGUUCUGGUCAA